UGUUUGGGAUUGUGUCAGAUUCUGUUACCAUCCGACAUAGUUCGUUUGUCUUCGUCUCCAUUCUUGAAAAUGGAACCAAAGUGGCACGUUUGACCAAAUCGAAUUCAAUUUGUAUUUGACGAUUUGGUCGCUUUUCUCAUCCUCUUUCAAAUGUCUCUUGCUAAACAUAAGUAGUCAUGAGUAGAGUGGUUGGCUUGACGUGUUCUUGGUGGCGGUGGAAGGGGAACUGGAACUGGAGGGCUGAGCUUUCUUCAAGUGGGAACAGGAGCAAGCAAAACGGAACUCAUGACCAGUGUCUCAAUCCAAAGCAUCAAUCCAAAUUAUCUACUCUCUCCUGUGUCAGGCCAAUGAAUCAUUUGUCCUUACCCGGUCCUCACCUUAGUGGGAGUACCCAAGACUUACUCAAUUUUGCUGAAGGAUUUUCCACGUCUGCUUCUCAUAGCCUUCUCUCGAGUGGUUAUGACGAGGUGCCAGCCACUGUCAAUGCGGAUUCCGUCGCAAAGUUGAUCACAUCAGUUUUGAAAAUAUCGAAUAAAACCGCUGUGAGUGGAAUUACUGUGGAAAAUCAAGUCCGAAAGUUUUGUCAGGCCUUUGAGCAACUAGAUUCUGAAGAGAGUAGAUUGAAGAUUAUGGAAUUCCUCGCCCAACAGGACGUCAAGCGCAAGAAGAUUAGUGAAUUGGCAACGGCUUAUAGCAACACUGAAGAUCCCUUGGUCCGGUCCAGAGUUGAAGAUCAAUUGCGGCAAAGCCUUCAGCCGUCGUACUACUGGCUAUUUCAAAAGAUUGGAGCACUUCCCGGGGGUGUCAAAUUUUUAGUUGAUUUUCGAGCACAGCUGAUCUCUUUCUGCCUAUCGAAUCUAGAAAUCGAACGGACAUCAGCUCUGAAAUCAAUGAGCUCCCAGUUAAAGCAGCUCCUGAGCCACUGGUUCUCAGUAGGAUUUCUUGACCUGGAUCAAAUCACGUGGGAUUCGCCUUGUUCAAUGCUUCAAAAGAUAUCAGACUAUGAGGCAGUUCAUCCAAUGAGGAACUGGACUGACCUGAAAGCUCGAGUAGGCCCCUAUCGACGAUGUUUCGUCUACACACACAAGAGUAUGCCUGGUGAGCCCAUUGUGGUCCUGCAUGUGGCAUUAACAGAGGAAAUACCUGAGUCAAUCUCCAAGGUAGUCAAGCACCACCGAAUGGUCAAGAAGUAUUCAGUGGAUUCUCAUCAAAGCUCUGGUUCCAAGACAGGUCGCGAAGGUGAGGAUCCUUCCUCUUGUGAAGCUGCCAUAUUCUACUCCAUUACUUCCACUCAAACGGGUCUUCAGGGCAUUGAAUUAGGAACUCAAUUGAUCAAACAAGCCGUUCAGAAGCUGAAAGAAGAGCUGCCUGACUUGAAUCAGUUCUGCACUCUCUCUCCCAUUCCUGGUUUUCGGAAAUGGUUGCUCAUACUUCUUCAGACCGCCAAGAGAGACGGCAAGACUUUGGCACAAACAGACCUAUUGACAAUUGAUGAGGCGGAAAAAUGGCAGGGACUUAUCAAAAUGGCCGGAAACUUGCAGGAGUCAGACCUUGGUCUCGGGACAUUGAUCCAACUCGUCAAGACGAAUAGCUGGAUGGAAGAUCAAAACUUAAUUGCCUUCCUUGAACAACCUUUGAUGCGACUUUGUGCCAGGUACUUGUACUUGGAGAAGCGUCGAAGUAAUGCGUUGGAUUCAGUGGCCAACUUCCAUUUGCGCAAUGGUGCCGUUCUUUGGCGGCUCAACUGGGAGGGAGAUCGCUCCGUGCGGGGACUAACGAAUUCAUGCGGGAUCAUGGUCAACUACAAAUACGUUUUGGACGAUUUAGAGCCUAACAGUACUAACUAUCAAGAAAAUCACAAGGUCAAAGCUAGCGAGCAAGUAAUUCAUUUGGCAAGUCAAGCGAAAGUGCUGCAGCGGAAGCUGUCUCUGUAAUUAAGAUUUGUACUAAUAGAUCUGUGUUCCGAGACUGAUCCAUGAAUGAAAACACUCUAGGUUUA